UACAAUAUUUUAAAACAAUGUUAUUGUAAUUCUAAAAAUGAAGAAUGUUCUGUAAAAGACAAAUAUAAGUCAGUUGUUGGUCUUGAAAUACAUGCACAAAUGAACACAAACUCUAAAUUAUUUUCUGGUUCUGCAUCAAAUUUUAAUGCUCCCGUAAAUACGAACGUAUCCUUAUUUGAUGCUGCAAUUCCUGGAACAAUGCCUGUAUUAAAUCGAGCUUGUGUGGAAGCAGCUAUUAAAACUGCGUUAGCAUUGAAUUGUGAUAUAAAUCCAGUAUCAGUAUUUGAAAGAAAGCAUUACUACUAUGCCGAUUUACCGCUCGGAUUUCAAAUAACUCAGCAACGGCGACCAAUCGCAAGUAAUGGUAAAUUAGAUUUUGAUGUAUCUACAGGAAAAGGUGAAUAUUAUUCAACAAAGUCUCUACUAAAACAAUUGCAAAUAGAACAGGAUAGUGGGAAAAUGUUGCAUGAAGAUGAAAGGAGCCUUGUUGACUUAAAUCGUGCUGGUGUUCCUUUGAUGGAAUUAGUAUUUGAACCAGAUUUGGAAAAUGGUAUCGAAGCAGCAGCUUUAGUCAAAGAGUUAUGUUUAAUUUUGUGUACAAUUGACACAUCCACUUGUAAAAUGGAAGAGGGUGCAUUACGUGUUGAUGCAAACGUAUCUGUCCAAGAAAUCGAUGGACCACCUGGUGCCCGUGCUGAAAUAAAAAAUAUCGGUUCCAUUAAAGGUGUAUGCGAUGCCAUUACAUUUGAAAUUAAUCGUCAAAUGGAUUUAAUAAAAAAUAAUCGACAAAAUGAAAUAAUAAAUGAAACGAGAGCAUGGGAUGCGGAAAAAAAAGAAACAGUACCGAUGCGUGUUAAAGAAACUAAAUAUGAUUAUCGAUAUGUGCUCGAACCAAAUUUACCACCAAUACAUUUACAUAUGCCAGGAACACCAAAACUUCUUGAUAAUAUGAUAUCUGUUGAAAAUAUUAAAAAUGAGUUACCAAAACUUCCUAACCAAAUGCGAAUGGAAUUAUGUGAAGUAUAUGGAUUGCCGCCAACAAGCGCACAAAUUUUAGUGAAUGAAAAUGUUUUAUAUAAUCACUUUAUUAAUAUUAUCAAUGACGGAGAUCGUAAACCUUCGAUGAUAACGAAUAUUCUAACAAUGGAACUCUUAACAAUUUUAAAUAAACAAAAUAAAAAGUUAACUGAUAAAACAAUUUCAAGUGAAAAUCUCGGCAAUCUAGUAGAUCUGUAUGCAGAUGGUUCCAUUAAUUUAACAACAGUACGAAGUGUUCUAACAGAAAUUAUAAGUGGAAAUACUGAUGAUCCAAAAACAAUUGUAAAUAAAAAUAACUGGAGUCAGAUUAACGACGAUAGUAAAAUAGAAUCUAUGUGCAUAAUAGUUUUACAAGACAAUGAAAAUUUAGUAAAACAAUACAAAGCUGGUAAAAAGAAAGUGUUUAAAGCAUUACUUGGAUCUUUAGCAAAAACAUCAGAAAAUCGUAUAAAUAUGGCUAAAGGCACACGUAUUUUAGAAUCAUUAUUAAAAAAAUAA